CCGCCCACCUGCGGCUGAGGUCAAACGCUUUGGUCAGUUGCUUUGCUGCCUCUCGGGUGAGCUGGAGGUCCCAGGAACGCGGUACGCUAGGGAGCCGACUCCACAGGUGGGGAGCCAUUCGGCCCGACGUCCCCGCUCCUCCAGGUGGCCGUCGUUGCAUCGCUCGCCCCUCCCUGAUUUCAUGGCCCUGAAGGGCGUCUCCAUGCGGUUGUUGAGCCGCUGGCCCCGCCUGCGCGUCCUGCGCACGUGGGGCUCCGUGGCUGGGCAUACUGAGAAGGGAGGGAAGACACAGAGUCAACCGGCCCUAUCCUCUCUUCCUGAGUUCAACUGGCGUGACCCGCUGGUGCUGGAGGAACAACUGACGGCAGAUGAGAUCCUCAUCAGGGACACCUUCCGUACCUACUGCCAGGAGCGACUUAUGCCUCGCAUCCUGCUGGCCAAUCGCAAUGAAGUUUUUCAUCGGGAGAUCGUCAAUGAGAUGGGGGAACUAGGUGUGCUGGGACCUACCAUCAAAGGGUAUGGCUGUGCUGGGGUCUCCUCUGUGGCCUAUGGGCUCUUGACCCGAGAGUUGGAGCGAGUGGACAGUGGCUACAGGUCGAUGAUGAGCGUCCAGUCCUCCCUUGUAAUGCAGCCUAUCUAUGCGUAUGGCAGUGAGGAGCAGCGGCAGAAGUACCUGCCCCCAUUGGCCAAAGGGGAGCUUCUGGGCUGCUUUGGGCUCACAGAGCCCAACCAUGGUAGUGAUCCCGGCAGCAUGGAGACCAGGGCCCACCAUAACCCGUCUAACAAGAGCUAUACCCUCAGUGGGACCAAGACCUGGAUCACCAACUCCCCCGUGGCUGACCUGUUUGUAGUGUGGGCUCGGUGUGAAGAUAACCGCAUCCGGGGCUUCCUGCUGGAGAAGGGAAUGCGGGGCCUUUCGGCCCCCAAGAUUGAAGGCAAGUUCUCUCUGCGGGCCUCCGCCACGGGCAUGAUCAUCAUGGAUGGUGUGGAGGUGCCAGAGGAGAACGUGCUGCCCAAUGUGACUGGCUUGGCGGGUCCCUUUGGCUGCCUCAACAACGCCCGAUAUGGCAUCACGUGGGGCGUGCUGGGAGCUGCUGAGUUCUGUUUGCACACGGCCCGGCAGUACACCCUGGACAGGAUCCAGUUUGGUGUACCAUUGGCCAGGAACCAACUAAUCCAGAAGAAGCUAGCAGACAUGCUCACUGAGAUCACACUGGGCCUCCAUGCCUGCCUGCAACUUGGCCGCUUGAAGGAUCAGGACAAGGCCACCCCAGAAAUGGUCUCUCUGCUGAAGAGGAAUAACUGUGGGAAAGCCCUGGACAUUGCCCGCCAGGCCCGAGACAUGCUUGGGGGGAAUGGGAUUUCUGAUGAGUAUCAUGUGAUCCGGCAUGCCAUGAACCUGGAGGCAGUGAACACCUAUGAAGGUACACAUGACAUUCAUGCUCUGAUCCUUGGAAGAGCAAUCACAGGAAUUCAGGCGUUCACAGUUGGCGUGUGAACCCACUUCACUGGAGGACCCGGAUGCUCUGAAGCCUCUUCCCAGAGAGAUGCCUGGCUGAACCCUGCUCUGAGUUCAGUCCAGAGGUGCUAAAUGGACUCAACUUUUAUGAUGGGAACUGACAUACUGAUUUUUAAAUGUGAAGAUUUCCCUUUGGAAGUCAUUUAGAUGCGUUCCUUAAAAAGAAGAUGGAAUUCCCUGUAGUGUUUCUUGAUCCACUUUUAACUGUAGAUGAGGUCAGACUCCAUUAACCUUAAGACAGAAGCUUCUCCUGAUGGGGUGGAGCAGGGUGGAGCAGGGAGGGGGAGGAGAAUGACUGCACAACUUCAUCGAGACCUGCCUCCAGUUGCCCUGAGUGGACCAACAGGGCACAUGGAGCUCACUGUGUGCCCUCCGACCCUCCCAUCCCAGGGCAGUGCCUUAUUUAUGUGGGACACUGGAGCAGAAUGAGGGAGAGGAAAAUAAAGAGCCUGCACAUCUGA